CCAGAGACCAGGACAGAGAGAGAUACAGAGACAGACGCUCAAGCACCAGAGACCAGGACAGAGAGAGAGACGGGGGCAGAUCUGAGAGAGACAAGGACAGAGAGAGAUGGUGGGAACGAGACAAAGAGUGGGAUGGGGACAAGGAAAGCUUCCGGGGGCUUUACCCAUACUCCAACAAUCCUACACACCCUCCUGCAUCUUUGAUGGCAACCGACCCAGUGCAGUACUCUCAGUACAUGGCAUACCACGGCAGCCCCUACGCCAGCGCCUUCCCUCCAGGGUGUAGCUUUCCCCCUGGUACCGUGUUCCCUAGUACCAUGCCCCCGAGUACCGUGCUCCCUGGUACAGUGCCCCUCCCUAACCCCCUUGGGUAUCCACUGUACCCCAACUGCCCACCUUCUUACUAUAGUGGCCCUUCAGAAAGAUUUUUCCAGCCAUACACACAGGCCACUGGAAACCCUCAGUUCACAAACAUGGAUGUACAAGUGCAGGACCCAUAUGCAUCCCUGAGCAUCCCUGAACGGGAAAUAGAGACUGUGUGGCCCAGACUUGUCCAUCCCAGCAUAAACCAAGACUCAAAGCCUGCCGGACUAAACCGUUUGAGUAUAAAAAUGCAACUGAAGAGGGAACGCUAUCGGACUAACUUGAUUAAUUGCAAAAACAUACAAGAAUUGAGGCAGCUUAAAGAAAUUCCUCUGGUGGCUGCCAAGGAGCCCGGUACAAAGAAAGUGCCAGAAGGAGAUGCAGUCAUAGAAGGGGAGAAACUGCAUUUUGUGGUCCCUCCGGUGGCUACAACGUAUUCUGGGGGACCCUGUAGAACAGGAUUCCCAAAUAGAAAAGGGAGAAAGGGGAAAACACUGGAAGAAAAAGAAGGUUUAUUCAACCAAGGUUUAUCCAUGAGAAACAGAGCCUAUUUGACAAGGUGGAAACUGCGUUUGGCGGAAGCGGUUGCAAAAGGCCUUGAGGUCCCCUCUGAACCAGAGCCCAAGACGGCGCCAGAAGCGAAGGACAAAUCAUUGACAGAAUGGCAGAGGCUGUUUGCAGACUCUGUGGUGAAUGUGGCUGCAACGGACCUAUCUGCCCUUUCUGAACCCGAGGCUGAGAAAAAGCCAGACUGGGAGACUGAGCAGAAAAGGACAGACGAAGAGAUGAAGGUGAAAUUAAAGAAAAAGCUUGUCGAGUUCAACCUGAAGAUGAAGCAGAAAUCGAUGCAUUUAAAAGAAGUCCCAUCAGAAGCCCCAACAUAACCUGAAAGGGCGGCUGUUGUAGUGCGUCAUGAGCUCACCUCCCCUUCGAACCUGCUGCUGACCCAUCCAGACCCCGUGGACAUCCGUUGGCUAACAUUCUCUUUAUCUAAUAUACACUCACUGGCCAGUUUAUUAGGUACAUAACGGGUCGGAUCCUCCUUUUCCUCCAGAACGGCCUGAAUUGUUCGGGGCACUCUACAAGUUGUCUGAAACGUUCCACAUGGAUGCUGGUGCGAUGGCAUCACGCAGUUGCUGCAGAUUGGACGGCAAUACAUUCAUGCUGCAAACAGCCCAUUCCAUCUCAUCCCAAAGAUGCUGUACUGGGUUGAGGUCUGAGGACUGCACAGGCCACUCAAGUAAACUGAACUUGCUGUCAUGCUCCUCGAUUGUCCAGUGUUGAUGAUCACAUGCCCACUGGAGCUGCUGCUUCUUGUUUUUAGCUGUGGAACCCGGUGUGGUCGUCUGCUGCAAUAGCCCAUCCGUGACAAGGAUCGACAAGUUGUGCAUUCUGAGAUGCUGUUCGGCACACCGCCAUUUUUUCUCUGUUUGUGGCCCGUCUGUUAGCUUACACGAUUCUUGCCAUUCUCUUUUGACCUCUCAUCAACAAGUUGUUUUCGCCAACAGGACUGCUGCAGAAUGGAGUUUUUUUGUUUGUUUGUUGCAUCAUUCGCAGGGUAGUCUAGUGGUUAGAGUGUUGGACUAGUAACCGGAAGGUUGCAAGUUCAAACCCACGUGCUGACAAGGUACAAAUCGGUUGUUCUGCCCCUGAACAGGCAGUUAACCCACUGUUCCUAGGCCGUCAUUGAAAAUAAGAAUUUGUUCUUAAACUGACUUACCUAGUUAAAUAAAGGUAAAAUAAAUUAUCGGUUAACACUAGACACUGUUCUGCCUGAAAAGCCCAGGAAGGUGGCCAUUUCUGAGAUACAGGCGUGCCUGGCACCGACGAUCAUAACAUGCUUAAAGUCGCUUAGUUCAGUUGUUUUGUACAUUCUAACAUUUAAUGGAACAGUAACUCUAAUGCGUCAAUCCCUGUCUCCCUGCUUUAUAUAGCAAGUCACGGCCACGUGACUCACUGUCUGUAAGAGCGAUCCAUUUUCGUAAAUGGGGUGGUGUACCAAAUUAACUGGCCGAUGAGUGAGUUGUUUUUGGGAGUAUCUGUUCUUUAUUUGACUAUUUUUAUUUUUGACAACUUUUACUUUGCUAUAUUCGUAAAGAAAAUAAUGUACUUUUUACUCAAUACAAUUUCCCUGACACCAAAAAGUACUCAUUACAUUUUGAAUACCUAGCAGGACAGGAAAAUGGUCCAAUUCACACACUUAUCAGAACAUCCCUGGUCAUCUCUACUGCCUCUGAUCUGGCGGCCUGAGUAUUAGAGUGUGUCCCUGGCUGUCCGUAAAUUAAGAGAACACAUUGUGCCAUCUGGUUAGCUUAAUAUAAGGAAUUAGAAAUUAUUUUACCUUUUGAUACUUAAGUAUAUUUUAGCAAUUACAUUUACUUUUGAUACUUCGGUAUCUUUAAAACCCAAUACUUUUUACGUAAGUAGUAUUUUACUGGGUGACUUUCACUUGAGUCAUUUUCUUUAAUUUUGCUCAAGUAUGAUGAUUGGGUAGUUUUUCCACCACUGAUUGCAUUCUACCACCUGGAAUGUCAUUGCAUUCUACCACCAGAAUAUUUCUAGAUUUGUGCACUGAACAAAAACAUAAACGCAACAUGUGAAGUGCUGAAGAAAAAAAAUCCAGGAAAUGUUCCAUCUUUGCCAAGAUAAUCCAUCCACCUGACAGUUGUGUCAUAAAGAAGCUGAUUAAACAGCAUGAUCAUUACACAGGUGCACCUUGUGCAGGUGACAAUAAACGGACACUUUAAAAUGUACAGUUUUGUCACACAACACAAUGUCACAGAUGUCUCAAGUUUUGAGGGAGAAUGAGGCAGCUUAAGCUUAAAGAAACUCCUCUGGUGGCUGCCAAGGAGCCCGGUACAAAGAAAGUGCCAGAAGGAGAUGCAGUCAUAGAAGGGGAGAAACUGCAUUUUGUGGUCCCUCCGGUGGCUACAACGUAUUCUGGGGGACCCUGUAGAACAGGAUUCCCAAAUAGAAAAGGGAGAAAGGGGAAAACACUGGAAGAAAAAGGAGGUUUAUUCAACCAAGGUUUAUCCAUGAGAAACAGAGCCUAUUUGACAAGGUGGAAACUGCGUUUGGCGGAAGCGGUUGCAAAAGGCCUUGAGGUCCCCUCUGAACCAGAGCCCUUACUGCUUUUAUAACACGAGUAAAUGGAUAUUUUUCAUAUGAAAGUAGAUGGCUUUAUGUUUCUAGAACCGUACCUCAAUUUAGAUGGAGUAUUUGGCUGCCAGAGACAAUUUGCCUGUUUAUAAACCAAAUAAGGGCGUGGAGUUUACUUGGUCUGGUCAUGUGGUCAGGAAAAACUCCUGGCCCUGGGCAUAGUACAUGUGUAUCAAUGCGAUGAAAAGACUAGCGGCGGAAUUAUGUUUGUAAGUUGUCAUGCCUGAUAGCUAAAAGAACUGCCAUUGUUUCAUUCCUCAGUUCAGUCAGCCCACCGAUUUCUAUAGAUCAUCUUUCACUUUGUAAAUAUGUAAUUGAAUAAAAUAUUCUAUCUAAUAUUGUAAA